AUGACUGAUAUGAGAUGCAUGAGAUAUUUUCUUGGCGUGGAAGUCACACAAACUUCAAAUGACAUUUUUAUCUGUCAAAGGAAGUAUGAUAAUGAAGUACUUGAAAGGUUUCGUUUACGAAAUUGCUCAUUUGUCAAUAAUCCAAUUUUUCCAGGGUGCAAACUCACAAAGGAUGUUAGAGGGUUGAAGGUUGAUGCUACCAUAUACAAGCAAAUGGUGGAAAGUCUUAUGUAUUUAACUGCCACUAGGUCGUAUCUGAUAUAUGUUGUAAGUCUGGUGACUCGUUUCAUGGAAGCUCCAACGACUAUGCAUCAACAAGUUGUGAAAAGGAUUCAGCGCUACUCAAGAGGAACCACUGAAUUGGGGUUGCUUUACAAAAGAGAAGAAGAAGAGAAUUUGUUAGCUUCCUGGGACAAUUACUAUGCCAGAGAUCUUGAAGACCGAAAGAGCACCUCAGAGUAUGUUUUUAAGAUGUCGAAUGGAUUAGUUGUUUGGAGUUCUAAGAAGCAGUAUGUGGUCUCGUUGUCCACCACUGAGGCCGAAUUUAUUUCUGCAGCAGCCUGUGCUGCUCAACGCAUUUGGAUGAUGCAUGUACUUGAGAGGUUGGGGAUUAAGCAAAGUAAGUGCAUUAUCUUAUGUGAUAAUAGUUCAACGAUUAAACUUUCGAAGAAUCCUGUUAUGCAUGGUAAGAGUAAGCAUAUUCAUGUUCGAUUUCACUUUCUUCGUGAGUUGACAAAUCAAUGA